GAGACACGGUAGGAUUUCGUAAAUGCUCGCAAUAUCUUCAGUUAUUCUGCUCUUAUUUCCAUUGAUGGUUAUCUUACGUUACUCUUCAAUAAUUCAGCUCUGUUUUAUAAGAAGAUUCUUUGUACAUUGACUUGUUUUGCACUAUGCAUAAUCCUUAAAAUUGAUUGAUUACUCGAUGGUCAUCAAUGUCUUGUGUCAGGUCUUUCUUAGGGUAUAUCGACUUUUAUCGGUCAAGUUGCAAUGUCGCAACUAGUCUAGGUGAUUCGAUAUCGCGUGCACAAUAUUGAGAUAUGUGGUGGCUGAUUGAUUAAAUUCGAUCGUGAUCUGAAAUACAUGACAUCGCUCACUACUGAGUGAUUAAACAAUUGCAAACACAUCUCAGUCCUACAGGAGGUCAACUGUAACCUGGAUAAUUCGCUCUUUCUGGGAGUCGUUUCCUUAGCUUGCUGUACUUCUGGCUGUUUCGUCGCACCUGAAAGAAUCGUGUGUAGUUUUGCCAUUAUCCGUUAAUAAUUUGCUGAAUUCAGCAGACUAAUUAAUUUCACACGUUCAUUGUGUUAGUGCAACUUUUUCAGUGUGGCAAGUCAUUGUGUAACAUUUUUGUUACGAUGAUUGGCUUUACUCAUCGAUGUGAACAGGUUUAUUGUUCUCUCAUUGUUAAGAAGGAAAUAUAAUUUAAUGAGUGCAAUAAAUGGUUCUAUAAGUCUUGCACCCACCUAAUACCUACUGCAUAUAAGGGGUAUCUGCGAUCUAACUCAUUGGUCUUGUAUGUUUUAUUGUUCGAGUAGGAUAUUACUGACCCAGGCGAUAAGCUUUCUCACGUUAGGGAAAAUAUUGGUUGCAGUGGUCCUAGAUAAUCGGGAACCGACUGUACUUUACUAAUCUUGUACGUACAGAAGGAGCUAAAGUAGUCUAUAUCCAAGGUGUGAUAACUAUCUCAUGAAUUGGGAGGGGCUAAAUUAUGCAACGCUUAAAGUACACCAAUAAUUCCUGUUUAGUGUUUUGCGUGAUGCAUUUAUAAAGAAGGAUUUUGACCAAAUUACAUCAGUUCCAAGUAUAAUAAAGGGAAUCUAGAAAUUCAAAUACAGCUAUACUCAUAUUAUACAACAGUUCAUCUUAUUGCUUUGAUUCAGUUUAUAUUCUGUGACAGCAUAGUCAAGGUAAUUGUCAGUCAUUAACGUAGUAAAACCUUACAUAAAUAUGCCCCAGUGCAAGUCAUCGCACUAUUCCCACAUAGAGACAAAAUUAUUGUUAUAAACACAAAUAGUAGUACCGAGUGACUAGGUAUAAAUAAUAUGAUUCGAGAAAAAACGUAUAUGAUGGCUUGAAAUUCAAGAUCUAAGAGUAGACAAAUAUUGAAUAGAUUUGUGACCGGUUUUAAGUCAUGUCACUCAACUUCUCUAACUAUUAGUCAGGAUAAUCGGUUAGACUACAACCUGGUAGUUUGCAUCUACCGAUAUGGCUUAGAUUAACAGUCAGUAAUUUUCACCAAUGCAGUAUAUUGUUUUGGGUACACCUAGCUUUCUUCCAACAUUACUUCGUGUUUAACCUCACUGAUCCUCUAUCAUUACAACACAAAUCUACGUAGUCCAGUUUCCAAUUGUGUUUCUGGUGUUAUCUUAACAACACUAGCAAAUAUAGUUGUUAAUGCACCACUUUUCUCAAAUCAUACACGUCACUAGAAGUUAAUACAAUCUUAUUACUUUAUUUAUUUUGUCCUGAAUCCGUUUGAGUUGAAGAUCCUAUUUUCGAACUUCACAUUUGGUGUUAAUGGAUUACGAAGCAAAUGAAGAAAACGGUUAUGACAGUGAUUUUAUUGACGAAGAUACAGAGUCACGUCUUUACAGUGCAGUAUUCUUUGAAACGUCAAUUUACACACCUAUAUCACAUGAUCUAGCAUCGGAACGAAUUGAUUCUAAUUUUAAUGGUACAUCAUUUUUACGCGAUUCGGAAUCAUCUGAAAAUCCUGUUCUCAUGCACGUUGAAUGUGUAAAUAAUGAAGUAUCUGAUACGUUGAUAACCUCACUUCAAGUUCAACAGAACUGUUUUGAAAAUGAGUGCGAAAAGGAUACCUCGUCAUCAAGUUCUGGUUGUAGUGUUUUAUUGCAUGGUGGGAAUGAAUCUUCAGAGACUGAGAUUAGUACUCAAGGCGUUAUUCUUGGCGUUUCCCAUGAUACGUUGCUGCAUGUUGAGAAUGGAAAUAGCUCUCCACCAGUGCCGUGUCAGACAUUUAACGACGAUCCUAAUUUGUGGAAGAUAUGUAACGCUGAUAGAUACUCAUCACGCUCAACAAGUAUCCGGUAUUUUAACAGUUUGGAUAAUUCACUUUGUUCAGAAUGUGGAAGUAAAAGACAAAAGUCUCACAGAUGUUAUACUUGUUGCAUUUUGUGUGGAGAAGAGGGUCAUGAGAAAGGUGAAUGCGAUAAAAUGUAUUGUUAUGCAUGUUUGGCGCCUGGUCACACAAAGUAUCAAUGCCAUUUGUUGAAAAGUCUGAAAAAAUCAAUCUGCGAACGCUGUGGACAGCAAGGACAUAAUUCAAAACUGUGUACAGAAUUAUGGAGACAAUACCGAAAUACCACAAGUAAAGGCAAACCAAUACGGUUGUACGACUUUGUGAAAUCAAAAGGCUGUUGUAAUUGUGGACGUAAAGGACAUACUGUUGAUGAUUGUCAUUACCAACCUUUAAAAUCUCAUUUUAUUGGUCCUUUACCAAGGAGAAGAGUGUUGGUUUAUGAUAAAAAAGAUAUAUAUAAGUCUAUUCGCUUAAAGUUAACCAAAUUACGUGAAAAGAAAACAAAAUAUAAAAAGAUUUUAGAGAAGGUAGAUAAUUGUAAAGUAAUCGAUAAUGAAACUGAAAACCAAUUGUGUAAGCAUCCCAAAUCAUCUAAACAAAGAAAACAAAAAUGUAAAAAACUAGACAACCGAACUUAUUGUUCGUCAUACAAUAAAUCUUGUAAAUCAAUCAAUGAAAGGAAGUUACAAAAAGUCAUGGAACAAGAAUUACCAUAUAAAGCUUCUUCAUCUCCAUAUAUGAGUAAUUUGAAACAAAAGGCCAUAAAACAGCGAAUGGAUUUUGCAAAAUGGGACGUUCUACCGUCACUUGAAAUUGAAAAAACAAAGAAGAAAAAGAAAAAAGUUAAUAAUGAAAGUCGAAAGUUAAAGUCCCAGAGCGUUUUAUUAUCUCAUCACGAAUUUUCUUCAUCAUCUUCAUAUAAUUUCAAUGAAAUUUCAGACAACUUUUCUAUCACAAAAAGAACUAGGAAAAGACGAAAGUUCAGAUCUUCGGAAGACGUUCAUAAAGCAAGUACUUCAUAUUCACCAUUUCAAAAUGCACACCAAACUCCAUUAAGGAAAUCGAAAAAGAAAUAUUUCUCUCAAUCUUUAACUUCAUAAUGUGAAUUAAGUUGUAUAAAUUGUUUACCUUAUAUAUAAAUAUAAUAAAUUUGUUUGUUUCUUUAUUAGUUUUAGUCUCUAGCAAACAAGCUAUGGGAUAAUUAUAGGAUAUUUUGAAAGUGAUCGUUGAAUUCACGUCCAUUUAUAGGUAUGAUCAAAUUUG